CAUAUCAGUUAUUAUUGACACAUCUAUCGAAAAGCAGAACAUUUAUGUCCACCAGCUUUCAGGAGGUGUUGAUGUGUAUUCGACUCCCCCUGCCCGACAAAGAGCACCGGUGUUCUAACACCAAUCAGACAGUCCGGAUCCGGACUCAGCCAGCUCGUGUGGUAAACCGCGAUCCGCUCCGGGUUUUCCAGCAGUCCACAAUCGCUCCAGCUGAGGUGACUGGCGGACUUGUUUACUGGAGAGACUAGCAGAAAGGAGAGACGGAAAGAGGGGGAACCUGAGGGAGAGCUAAACGGAACGGGAAUCCAAGUUUUACACACUUGACCCGUCUUUUUAGGCUCAUUUUGUUCGUUUACCUAUUUUUUUGACCAUAGAAGACGGAAUACUGACUUUCUGUAUGCGUGUGGUGUUUAUCUUUUAUGUUUUGACACUACUGCCGACAUUGGAACCUCGUUGUUUUGGAUUAGCUCGCUAACGUUAGCUGUUUUUCCCCCAUCGGCUAACGUUAAUCUGAGAAAAAGAAACGGGCGGCGUGGUGGAGAGUUUCCUCACUUCAAAGCGAAACGUGCGGGGUUUAAACGGAGCCGCUAUUUUGUCGUUUUUCCCCUCUCACCUUGGAUGGGCAAGCAGCGGAGUUCACCUGCCAAGUUUCCCCGUCUUUGUUUUCUUUCUCCCGUUUUCGUCGUUUUAUGAGUGUUCACUUCGUUUGCGGCGUGGUGGUCAACGGGGGUGAAGGAGUUCAGAGGAAGGUCGUAGUAGAGGGAAAGCUGUGGUCGCCGCACGUUUUUCCUGCACGUAGCUGCUCGGAGGAGUUUCCUGGGAUGUGCCCCCCAUCUGUCUUAAAAAGGGCGAGCUUCUGAGAAGAUACCACCAAACUCGGGGAUUUAUGAAGACCUGUGGACUUCAAAGGGGAAAGCGCAAACCCUGCCAACCCCCUUAUUGGCUCUAUACUACGCGAUAUCCAUUAUAACUUCAGCCUGUGUCUGGGAGAGGAAAUUGUUUUUAACGCAGUUCACAAGAAAAAUACUUAAUAGCAAUUGUUUUAAAGCGUCUAUCCCCUCGUUGAAUCAGCGCAUUACAUAGAAAUGAGCCCGGGGCCAAUGGACCUCCACACUAGCCCCAUGCGUGUGGGAUAUUUAUAAUUACACUGUUAUUUCCCUCUUGAUUCAGCGGAGCACCAAAAUUAAACAGAUGAACGUGGACUGUCGCCUUCACUUAUGGAAAAUGAAGAUCUUUACUCGCACAUGUGUUGCCAGAACCCAAGAUCACGUUAUUUAGUGGUCUGCAUUUUUUCCAGGGCUCACAUAGGCUACAUCACAAACUUGGCUGGGAGGAUACUCAUACAUUUUUUUUACCAACUCCUCCCGUAUCACGGGAGGCAAUUUUUUAAACAUUUUCUUUAACACCUUUUGAUAUUUCAAACGCCUUUUCCGAUAUAAAACAGUUUGAAUUGAACUGGGAACCUUCAAGAGGAGAGCACAACUUACCCUCAACUCAAAAUGAGACGGUGGACGAUAAAGCUGCGAGCACAAAUUGUAUUUUUUAUCAUCUGCACCUGCAUUGUGUGCCAGUGUGGACUAAUAAACGGAGAAAUCUGCCAGAGCAAAGACAUACGAAACAAUGUGACCAACCUCCAGUCGCUGGAGAACUGCACCAUUAUCGAGGGACACCUCAAGAUCCUGCUCAUGUUUAAGACCAAGACCGAUGACUUCCGUGGUCUCAGUUACCCGAAACUCCGAAUGGUGACGGACUACGUGCUGCUGUUCAGGGUCUACGGCCUAGAUAACCUCAGUGAUCUCUUCCCCAACCUGUCAGUAAUCCGGGGAAACAACCUCUUCUUUAACUAUGCUCUGGUGAUUUACGAGAUGCUGCAGCUUAAGGAGCUGGGCCUACACAGUCUCGUGAAUAUCACCCGGGGUGCUGUUAGGAUCGAGAAAAACCCAGACCUUUGCUACCUUGCCACUCUGGACUGGUCCAAAGUCCUGGAUUCAGUAGGAGACAACUAUAUCGUGGCCAAUAAGAAUGAGCGAGAGUGUGGAGAUGUGUGUCCCGGUACGGCCCAAGGUCAGACCACCUGCCCGCAGAACACCAUCAAUGGACACUUCAGGGGGCGCUGCUGGUCACAGAACCACUGCCAGAGAAUGUGCUUGGACAACUGUAAGCAUGGUGCAUGUAGCCUUAAGGGCAGGUGCUGCCAUGACCAGUGCCUGGGCGGCUGUUCUGAGCCUGGUAACGCGAGUAGCUGCGUGGCCUGCAGGAACCUCCAGCAUAUGAACACCUGCGUAGAGAAGUGUCCUCCUGGAUACUACGUCUUCAGGGGCUGGCGCUGUGUCAGCUUCUCCUUCUGCCAGGAGCUCCACAACCAGUGUAAGCAGACCAAGAAGUUCAACCAGGACCGGGAGACGGGUUGCUACGAAUACGUCAUCCACAACGGGGCCUGUAUUCCAGAGUGUCCUUCUGGAUACACCACCAUCAACUCUACUACCUUGACGUGUUCGCCGUGUGCAGGCCUGUGUCCCAAACUGUGUGUUGGAAAUAAGACGAUCGACUCAGUUACUUCAGCACAGGCUUUGAGAGGCUGCACUGUUCUCCACGGCAACAUGAUCAUCAAGAUUCGAGGAGGAAAUAACAUUGCAGCUGAGCUGGAGGCUAGCUUGGGCCAGCUUGAGGAGAUUACAGGCUACCUCACUGUUCGAAGAGCCUACGCUCUGGUCUCCCUCUCCUUCCUCCGCAAGCUGCGCAUCAUCAGGGGGGAGCAUCUAGAGGCCGAUGUCUACGCCUUCUACGCACUGGACAACCAAAACCUGCGGGAGCUCUGGGACUGGUCCAAGCACAAUCUGACCAUCCAGCAUGGUCGAAUGUUCUUCCACUACAACUCCAAGCUUUGCAUGUCUGAAAUCAAGAAGAUGGAGCAGGUGACGGGAACUAAGGACCGCAACCAAAAGAAUGAUAUCGCUGUGCGCAACAACGGGGACCAAGCCUCCUGUGAGACCAAGCUUCUGAACUUCACCGUCAUCAAAACCUCAUCGAAUAUGAUUAUGUUGAGGUGGGAGGCUUUUUGGCCCUUAGACUUCAGAGACCUGCUGGGCUUUAUGGUUCUCUACAAAGAAGCUCCGUACAGGAAUGUGACAGAGUUCGAUGGACAGGACGCAUGUGGCUCUAACAGCUGGGCGAUCGCUGAUGUUGACCCUCCACCCCGUAACACGGAAAGCAAAAAGGCGGACGACCCCGGGCAUCUGAUCCGCUCUUUGAACCCCUGGACUCAGUACGCCAUCAUGGUGAAAACCCAACUGUCUGCGUCUGACGAGCACCAGGUUCAUGGCGCCAAGAGUGAGAUCAUCUAUGUCCGCACCAACGCCACAAAGCCCUCUGUGCCUCUGGACCCCAUCUCCUCCUCAAACUCCUCUUCUCAAAUCAUCCUGAAGUGGAAGCCCCCUACCAGCCCCAAUGGCAACAUCACCCACUACCGGGUCAUCUGCCGUAAGCAGCCUGAGGACAGCGACCUCUACAAGUUCGACUACUGUCUCCAAGGAAUGAAGGUGCCGUCGCGCACGCCGACCCACCUGGACAGCGAGGAUGAGCAGAAGUGGAACCACACAGAUGAGCCCACCUCAGGGGGGGGCUGCUGCGCUUGCCCCAAGACGGACAUCCAGCUAAAGAAAGAGCAGGAGGAGAUAGAGUACCGGAAGACCUUCGAGAACUACCUCCACAAUGAAGUCUUUGAGAGCAGACCAUCUCGUCGAAGGCGCUCGGUUGGAGUUGCGAACGCCACCCAAAACUCUCUCUUCCUCACCACAAUUGCAAGUCUGCCAUCAUUCGACUCCAGCACAGCCAGCCCUGAAGAUGAAGACCAAGAAGAUGAGGGAUCAAAGGUGGAGCUGAAAGUGAUCUCAAAGGAGACAACGGUCAUCUCCAACCUGCACCACUUCACCAGCUAUAAGAUAGAGAUCAUGGCGUGCAACCAUGCGACGGAUUUCAAACGCUGCAGCAUGGCUACUUAUGUCAGUGCUAGGACUAUGCCAGAGGAGAAAGCAGAUGACAUCCCAGGCCCUGUGACCCAUGAGAUAGUGACGGCUGAGCCUCCCUAUGUGAUGAUUAAAUGGAACACACCUAAUUCACCAAAUGGCCUCAUCAUCAUGUAUGAGGUGUUCUACAGGAGGGUCGGGGACUCGGAGGUUCACAUAACUUGUGUGUCCCGGCCGGCCUACCUUAAGUCAGGUGGCACCAAGCUCUCACUUGUGCAGCCUGGAAACUACAGCGUGAAGGUCCGCGCCACCUCUUUGGCAGGAAACGGCUCCUUUACAGAUACCACUUACUUCUUCAUGCCUAACCCUGACCCAGGUUUGAUUUGGAUAGUCAUCGGCCCGGUCAUCUGCUUCAUCCUGCUGCUGUUCGUGGGAGGAGGAGUCUUUGUGAUCUUAAAGAAGAAGCAAACAGAGGGCCCAACAGGACCCCUUAUCGCCUCCUCAAACCCUGAGUACCUCAGUGCCAAUGACGUGUACGUUCCUGAUGAGUGGGAGGUCCCCCGAGAGAAGAUCCAGGUGCUCAGAGAGCUGGGUCAGGGCACCUUUGGCAUGGUGUACGAGGGCAUCGCCAAGGACAUCAUAAAAGGAGACCCGGAUACACACGUAGCCGUUAAGACGGUCAAUGAAUCAGCCAGCCUGCGUGAGAGGAUCGAGUUCCUCAACGAAGCCUCUGUGAUGAAGGCUUUCAGCUGUCACCAUGUGGUGCGUCUGCUAGGUGUGGUUUCCAAAGGUCAGCCCAGCCUGGUGGUGAUGGAGCUGAUGACCCACGGUGACCUAAAGAGCUACCUGCGUAGUCUAAGGCCUGACUCUGAGAACAACCCGACAGGCCGUCCUCCUCCUACGCUGAAGGACAUGAUCCAGAUGGCAGCAGAGAUUGCAGACGGCAUGGCGUACCUCAAUGCCAAGAAGUUUGUGCACAGAGACCUGGCAGCCAGGAACUGCAUGGUGGCAGAAGACUAUACCGUCAAGAUUGGAGACUUUGGUAUGACCCGAGACAUUUACGAGACUGACUACUACCGUAAAGGAGGGAAGGGUCUGCUCCCGGUCAGGUGGAUGGCUCCAGAGUCUCUGAAGGACGGAGUCUUCACUGCCCACUCUGACUGCUGGUCGUUUGGCGUUGUGCUGUGGGAGAUCAGCACGCUAGCAGAGCAGCCUUACCAGGGUUUAUCCAACGAACAGGUUCUAAAGUUCGUGAUGGAUGGAGGAUACUUAGACCGGCCGGAGAAUUCCCCCGAGAGGAUGCACAGCCUAAUGCAGAUGUGCUGGCAGUACAACCCCAAGAUGCGACCGAUGUUCCAUGAGAUCAUCGAGAUGCUGCGGGAGGACUUGCACCCAUCUUUCCAGGAGUUGUCCUUUUUCUACAGCGAGGAGAACAAAGUCCCAGAGACAGAGGAGUUUGAUCUAGACCUGGACAACAUGGAGAGCAUCCCUCUGGACCCGUCUUCUUACUCGCAGAGAGAGGAGAGCUUAGGCAGGGACAGCGGGCCCUCGGUGGCCCUAAGGGGGAACUAUGAGGAACAUGUCCCCUACACACACAUGAACGGUGGCAAGAAAAACGGACGAAUCUUAUCGUUGCCCAGAUCCAGCCCUUCCUAACAUUUCCUGUUUCCUAGAAGAACUUGUUUAAACUUAUCCCCUUCCACUUCCCAUCCUUCUUUCUCUUCCAGUCCAUUUCUUUCUGUAUCCUUCAUGUUCCUCGCAUCAUUUUCUAAUGAUUGAUUAUUCUUAGAGAACCCGUCAAAAAACAACAACACAGAUCUCAGGACUUUUUAUUUUCUUUCUCACAGCUGCCGACACACAGGCAAGCAAGGGAUGUAAACAUGUUGUAACACUUUUUUUUUUACUUCCUCCACAACACAUCGGAUUUUCUAUUACAAUAUUACCAAUCUAUUGUUUUUCACUAAUGCCACGUUUCCAGGACUCCUUGUGAGGGAAACAUUUAAAGAAAAAGAAAAACUGUGAACACAACAAACCUUAGACAACCAAGAUGGCUGCUUAUGCUCAACCUCCUCAAGACUUGUCCCCUCUUUUUCUCCCCAUCAUCAAUCUGCAUUUCCACAUCUCUCUGCUUUGUGUUUGUUUCUCCAAGUGAAAUCUUGUUACUCAGAUAGUGGCCUUUUUGUACGUGGCCUAUAAACAAAGACAAGUGUCUACAGCGCUUAUACUAAUUUCCUUUUUUGAACAAUGACUUAAUCAGUUUGGAACGGUGGGAUGACUUGCAAAGACUUGAUCCUAGAACAAACAUCUAUUCCUAGAGGAAUGUUUUCUUUUUUCCUUUUUUUUUGUUCUGCAGAAUUCCAAACUACACACAGAUUCAUCGGGUGUUUGGUGAAUAGUUUUUAAUUUAUUUGCUUUUAUUGUUGUUUUCUCUUUUCUUCUCUUCUUUCUCAGUUUUAUUUCUGUGUCCUCACUAUAUGGCUGAAGGAUAUUUAAACAGUUAAGAAUUGGACAAAGGAGUUCCUCAGACUGACCAAUAGCUGCUGCUUUGAUAUAUUUUAGUGGGUAUAGAAUAUAU